AUGACCGAGGCCGCCCCGCAAACGUCGGCCACCACCUCUCGCUUCGGCGACUGGCCUGCCACCAAGGUGCGAGACACCUUCACCGGCUACUUCAAGGAGCGCGCACACACCUUUGUUCCCUCGUCCUCCACUAUUCCCUACGAUGACCCCACGCUCCUCUUCGCCAAUGCCGGCAUGAACCAGUACAAGCCCAUCUUCCUCGGCGUUGCCGAUCCCAACUCGUCGUUCGGCUCCAUGAAGCGCGCCGUCAACUCGCAAAAGUGCAUCCGUGCCGGUGGAAAGCACAACGACCUCGACGACGUCGGCAAGGACACCUACCACCACACCUUCUUCGAGAUGCUGGGCAACUGGUCUUUUGGCGACUACUUCAAGAAGGAGGCAAUCGAGAUGGCAUGGGAGCUGCUCACCGUGGUGUACGGUCUGCCCAAGGACCGUCUCUACGUCACCUACUUUGAGGGCGAUGCCAAGCAGGGGCUCGAACCUGAUCUGGAAGCCCGCGAUCUUUGGCUCAAGGUGGGUGUCGCGGAGGACCACAUCCUCACUGGGGACGCCAAGGACAACUUCUGGGAGAUGGGCGCUACCGGUCCCUGCGGUCCCUGCUCCGAGAUCCACUACGACCGCAUCGGCGGCCGCAACGCUUCCGACCUCGUCAACAAGGACGACCCCAACGUCAUCGAGAUUUGGAACAACGUCUUCAUGCAGUUCAACCGCGAGGAAGAUGCCUCGUUGCGGCCCUUGCCCGCCAAGCACAUCGACACGGGCAUGGGUUUUGAGCGCCUCGUCUCCAUCUUGCAGGACAAGCCUUCCAACUACGACACGGACGUCUUCACGCCCAUCUUCAACAAGAUCCAGGAGCUCACCGGUGCACGCGCCUACACGGGCAAGCUCGGCGCCGAGGACAAGGACGGCAUCGACACCGCCUACCGUGUCGUCGCCGACCACGUUCGAACGCUCACCUUUGCCAUCUCGGACGGCGGUGUGCCCGACCGCGACGGUCGCGGUUACGUGCUGCGCCGCAUCCUACGCAGGGGUACUCGCUAUGUGAGGAAGUACUUCCAGGUGCCCAUCGGCUCGUUCUUCUCGCAGCUCGUGCCGACGCUCGUUGACCAGAUGGGUCACUUCUUCCCGGAAAUCACCAAGAAAGUCGACGAUGUCAAGGCGAUCCUCGACGAGGAGGAGGCGUCGUUUGCGCGCACGCUCGAUCGCGGCGAGAAGCUGUUCGAGGAGUACGCCGCCAAAGCCAAGGCGGCCGGUCAGAAGCAGCUGAGCGGUGGCGACGUAUGGAAGCUCUACGACACGUUCGGAUUCCCUGUCGAUCUGACGCUCAUCAUGGCCGAGGAGCAGGGUUUGGGCGUCAACGAAAAGGAGUUCGAGGCGGCCCAGGCGGAGAGCAAGGAGGUGUCUAAAGCAGGCGGCAAGAAGAGCGAGGCUGAGGCGGUCAAGUUUGACGUGCACGAUUUGGGUCAUCUCGAGAAGGACGACUCCGUGCCCAAGACGCAGGAUGACUUCAAGUACGGCGUCGACACGGUCCAGGCGACCGUCAAGGCGAUCUACCAGGACCACGCGUUUGUCGAUGCGACCUCCAAGAUUGGCGACCGCGCCAAGAACUUUGGUAUCUUGCUCGAUCGCACCUGCCUCUACGCCGAGAGCGGUGGUCAGCAGGCCGACACGGGUCGCAUCGUCAUCGACGGCAAGACCGAGUUCGUCAUCGAGGACGCCCAGGUGUUCUCGGGGUAUGUUCUGCAUAUCGGUCACCUGACCAAGGGCGAGCUGUCGCUUAACGACUCCGUGACCGUCUCGUACGACCCAUCGCGCCGCGGACCGCUGCAGUCGAACCACACGGCGACGCACAUCCUCAAUUUCGGCCUGCGCGAGAUUCUCGGCGAUCACAUCGAUCAAAAGGGCUCCCUGGUCGCGCCAACCAAGCUCCGCUUCGAUUUCUCGCACAAAUCCGGCGUUUCCCCUGCUGACCUGGCCAAGAUCGAGGACAUCUCGCUGGACUGGAUCCGCCGGGACGUGGGGGUGUUUGCGAAGGAGAUGCCGCUGGAGACGGCGCAGCGCAUCCCCGGGCUGCGCGCUGUGUUCGGCGAGGCCUACCCGGAUCCUGUGCGAGUGGUGACGCUCGAGUUUGAUCUGGACACCAUCGCUUCGGACCUCGAAAACACCAAGUGGCGUGGGACGAGUGUGGAGUUCUGCGGUGGAACGCACGUGCGCACGACGGGCGAGAUCAAGGGCAUGGUGAUCACCGAGGAGAGCGGCAUCGCCAAGGGCAUUCGACGAAUCAUUGCUGUCACCGGGGCGGAGGCGAAGGAGGUGACGCGGGUGGCGGAUGAAGCCGAGGCCAAGCUGGGCGAGAUCGAUGGCAUCCAAGAGCAGGGGGCGAAGGAUGUCGCGCUCAAGACGUUCGGUACGCAGCUGGCGGUGAUGGACAUCUCGGUCGUUCGCAAGGCUAAACUCAACGAGCGCUUUGCAGCCAUUCGCAAGAAGCUCGAUACCGGUCUCAAGGCCAAGGACAAGGCGGACACCAAGGCGGUUUCCACCGCGGUGGAGGGACACUUUAAGCAAAACCCCAACGCGGAUUACUUCAUCGCCGAAAUGCAGGUGGGCGCCAACAUGAAGGCGUUGCAAUCCGCACUGCAGCUCGCUAAGAAGUCGGACAAGACGGUCUACCUGUUCAGCCAGGAGCUGGACCCUACCGGCGCCACGGUGGCCGAUGGAUUGGCGGCAAAGGCCAAAGUCGUACACGUCGCCUACGUCUCCACGCACCACCGGGAGAAAGGGCUCGAUGCAAAGGAGUGGGUCGAAACGAGCGUCCAGCACGUCGGUGGCAAGGCCGGCGGCAAAGCGGACAGCGCACAGGGUGUCGGUGAGAUGGGCGGCAAGGCCAUGGAGGACGCCGUCGAGGCCGCUAAGAGAGUUUGGAUGCUCAGGUGCGGCGAGAGCGGCAUGCCCCUCCAGUGA